ACAUGAAGAGUGUUUUUUUAGUUUUCGCUUUAGCCUUUACGCUAACUUCGGGUGUGUUUGAGGAUUGGCCUGAAGUUAGAGCGGAUAUCUAUGAAUUGUCCGAACUAUGCGUGAAUUACACCAAUAUCGACAAUGAAUUAGUUGUGAAAUCGAUGCAGGGUGAGUACGUCGAUGAUCCGAAAUUCUUGGAAUACUCAUCCUGCAUAGCCACAGAGUUGGGAGUCAUAGAUGAAGAUGGAAAGUUUGUAAAAUAUAAUGUCCUGAAGAUUUUUAUAGAACUUAUGAAGAUCGAGGUGUAUAAAUGCAUUGUCCAUGCGAAGAAGGAGACAAGCAGCGAGAAGCGAUCUUUCGAGUUUUACAAAUGUUUUUUAACAUCUUUUGAUGAUUAAUACAGAAGAGUUUCUAUUUCGAAUUACACCAAUUAUAAAUAAAUUAAAGUAU